AUGACCGUCUCCGCGCCCUCUCCUGGCACCGCCGAAUCCAUCACUACGCUCACGCUAAACCCAGACAAUCCCUGCAACGCGACCAUCUCUGCCACGGACGGCUUGGUGCUCUACGUCGCGCAUACGGACACGGGCAAGAACGCAUCCACGACGCGGAUUUUCAACGCGGACGAUGUUGUCAUUGCAUCGCUGCAGUGGAAGGACACCGGGUUCUCUGCGUCCGACAAGGUGACAUUGGGUGAACGUGCGCCUGUGUCAAUUGGGAGCUGGCUCAGCAAGAGCAUGGUGCCCUUCAAAGACGAUGUCUCAUUCAAGGACGACACCGGGCGCCGGUAUAAAUGGAAAGGCAACUCGCCCGGUCGCUCACUCGAGCUCUACACCGCAGACGACAAUUUCCGGCAGACUAUCGCACGUUUUCACAAGUCCUACAUUGAUCGUAAGGUUGACCCACCCGCGCUCGUCCCGGCAAAGCUCUUGCUGCUCCCUCGCGCCAACGAAAUCCGCGACAUCGUCGUCUCAUCAUUCCUUUUUCUGGAGCGGAGUAGGAGAACGGGGGAAAUAUCAAUUGUGAAUAGAGCAGACGCGAUCGCGCUCGCUUCGCGCGGCGCAGCCGUUAUGCCUGCACUCAGAUGA